AUGGCGAGUCGUCCGUUUGCCAAAGUACCCUUUCUACUGAGUCACAGUCAUCAAAAGGUAGGGUACUGGGGCAGUACUAGGGCUUACUGUACACUAAAACAACAACAACAACAACAACGAAACUCAAUUUGGAGUACACUCGAUAGUACACAAACAUUUUCCCUGACAACUGUUAAUAUAACUGAAAAGCUAUUUGAGGCAGGGGAAAGUCAAUUUAUUUAAGUAAAGAAAUAUAAGAUAACAUAACAUUACAGAAGCUGACCUGUAGAGUCGUAGUCAUCUAACUUAGUAUGUACGAAAGGCUAAAAGGUGACAACAUGAUAUUAGUGGCAGAUUAAGAUUAAGAGUGCAGGAAUUAAAAUGCGAAUUAUGAACUAGACUGAAUUAUAUAAAGUAUUACCUGCUUGUGAUUAGAAAGUAUUUGAGGAACCUCAAUAUAGUACAUGUAGUCUGUUUUCUAAGGAAUUUCCAAGACGAUUGGUUUAAAUUUAAUUAAAUUUAAACUGGGAGACUGAGGAAUACUACUGGUAAAUCUACGAAUUAAAUUGCGGACAGCUUGCGGCAGGAUGAGUUGGGAAUUUUUGGAAGUCAGAAAUGUUGACUCGUAGGUAGGAGAAAAUUAAGAACCUUGGUUACUUGUCAAUUGCGAAAAGCUCUUUUGUGCUUUUGAAUUUGAGAUUCAGAUUUUGUUAGUUUAGAAAGCUUAGUACUGGUAUUCAAAGUUGAUAAAAAAUAUAUUGACCAGGCUUGUGGUUUUAAAUCUAGACCAAGAGUUCGUCGAUAAUAUGACUAGGAUUCUAGCUCCGCACCAUUAGAAACGUUUUCGGGGCUUUUGAGACGCUGUCCCUAAGAAGAGACACCAAGUAACAAACAUCCGCCACACAGACGGAUUUAAAUCAGCCUCGUGAAAAUGCGAUCUCAAUAAUAAUUUGACCUUUUUGUUGCUUUCAGUCAUCAGCAGGAAAUAUCGCUGUAGAAACCCUUGAAAAUGGCAAAGCGUCUGUCCUUACGGUUCUUAUGCAAUUGCCUGCGGACGAUGAUGGCUUCACCCCCGUCGGCCAGAGUGGUAUUUGUUUCGCGAGCGUGUUAGGGACCCAUGGAGACGCUCCAGGGACCACGCCCGCAGGAAGAGCUACGCGUAUAAGAACCCGCAAAAGGUGUAAUGGAACCUGUGUAUAA